AAAUAAUAAAACUACACCAGAAUUAAAAACGUAUAUAAAAGCAGAUCUUUAAGAAACAUAACCAUACUUGUGAAUCUACAAAAGCAACAAUACCUUAUUAUCGAGUGCAACAAAAUAUUAGUUAAAACAAUUCCAUACUGGCAUAAGAUAAUUACCACACGCAUAUAUCAAUACACGAAUCAUAUCAACACUGAAAAAUUCGGUCUGUUCAUCCUAUCAAUAAUAACAUAAUAUCAGUCCUGUCAAUGAUAAACAUUAAUUUUCCACGAAGCAAAGCAAUGGUGUCAUAGAGGGCAGCAUAUUGGACCGCCUACAUCUUCCAUAAUUUCACUCGCAAUUUCAAAAAUCGAGAUAAAUAACCAGUCGUGUCGAUAUUUUUCUACCUUUCUCUCCAAGCAAGGGUAUGCGCUCUCUUGUUUCAUAAGUAUAGUAACACCUUAGCACAAAAUAUACAAGUUGCCAGGCCGUCGACAGCGAUGGCGACUAGCCAGAAGUUCAAAUUAAAGAAGAAUAGAUUCUUCCCGUUGAUUUCCUACUUUUCUUACCAAGAAGAAAAAGGACGUGACGUAUCAUGCAGAAGGGUCACUCAGCCGCCCACGUAAACUCGUCUGGAUACCUUAAAACUGCCUGUUUCAGCGAAGCUACCAUAACGCAGCUGUAUAACGUGGACUGCGAGCAAGAACUUUCUCGCCUCUCUGGAGUCCUGUCAGCUAGUGGGCCUCCCUUCCUAUCUCCAGGAUCGUGCCUGUUGUCUCGCGCCCAAGUACCAUUGACUUCUAGGGACCAUAACAAUGCUCACCAGACCUCGAUGAAACGAUCACGCCAGAAAGGUCAUAGUAGCGAAAAUCAAUUCGAAUCUUUUUACGAUAAAACUAUUUAGUUUAUAAUUAAUCAUUUUUUUUUCACAUUUACCCGAUUGAGUUCUAUGAUUACCUCAGAAAUAUAAUCAACACCUAAAUCAUUCUGGUCAUGCAAAACAGCAGUUUGAAUGCUUUAAUCGGUAUAUUUGUGUAAUAAAAAAGUAAAUAAUGAAAAAGUUCAAAAAUGUAUAAUUAAAAAAUCGAAUUAUAAUAAUUCAACAAAAAAUAAUGCCAACUCAUUAGCAUUCGGCUUCUCUGUAUUUCAAUUUCUUAAUCGUUUUACUAGUGUGCUUUCCAUGAACCGAAGAUCGAAGGUCACGGCCAGUCAUUCUGGACUUUGCUCAUCCUCAUCGAGUAGGACGUGUGGACGUAGGUGACCGGUUAAAUUGAUAAAACGAUUUAUCCCUCAUUUCAGAUGUUACAUUUUGAUAGGUGGCCUGCAGUUUUCCAGGUC